AUGUUCCUCACAAAAUUAUCACGAUCCAAGUUCCCUAACUUCAUCGUGAUUUUCUUUACCGUAUCUCUCGUCCUUCUCGUGUUAGGACUAAGCCAAUUUGUGUGGUUCGGGACUCGUCACACUUUGCUUCCACUCUGGUCUCGCUCCGAGAACGGUUCACUCGAAAAAUGGAAACAUUAUACGUUAGUGGAAGCCCUAGAGAAUGUGGCGGAGAAUGGGACGGUGAUUGUGUGCGCUGCAAGUGAACCAUACUUACCAAUGCUUAAUAAUUGGUUGAUUAGUGUCAAAAGGCUCCAACACCAUCGAAAAGUGCUUGUCAUAGCCGAAGAUUACGCAACACUUUAUAAGAUCAACCGCAAAUGGCCGGGACAUGCCGUCUUGAUUCCUCCUUCGCCCGAUUCACAUCAUGCUUACAAUUUUGGAUCGCGGAAAUUCUUCGGCAUAACGUCUCGAAGGCCUCUCUAUCUACUCCAAAUUUUGGAACUUGGAUACAAUGUAUUUUUCACGGAUGUUGAUUUGGUAUGGAUGGUUGAUCCAUUCCCAUAUUUAGUAGGGAACCAUGACUUGUACAUUGUAGAUGACAUUGAUAAAGUUAAACCAUUCAACCAUUCUCACGACUUACCAAAAUCCGGAAAAGAAGGACGUACACGCAUUUGCAGCGGCCUCAUUUACAUGCGCCCAACAAUCGGGGCGAAGCUGGUCAUGGCUAAGUGGAUUGAAGAGAUUGUUUCCCAUCCUUGGACUAAAGAGAACCAAGCUAACGAUCAACGUCCCUUGAAUUGGGCACUGAUGAAAUCAAUAGGAAAUGUUGAUAUGUAUCUACUUCCUCAAGUAGCAUUCCCUUCAGGGGAUAUAUACUUCAAGAAUACGACGUGGGUGCAAGAAACUAAAGGAAAGCAAGUCGUGAUUCAUAAUAAUUAUGUAAUUGGAGUCAAAAACAAGAUUAAACGCUUUCGAAAAUUUCACCUAUGGCUGGUAGACGACUAUGAGCUUGAGUCCCCUCUAGGUAAAAUAUAG